AGAAAAGCAGAGCUCGCUCCUCAGGAGGUCUGCUCUUUUCACUCCCAACCUGCACAUUCAAAAAAAGAUGUCCGGUCGUGGAAAGAAAGUGGCUGCGCCCAGGGCUCGCAAACCGGUCACGUCAAAGUCUGUGCGAGCCGGGCUCACGUUCCCGGUGGGUCGUAUCCACAGGGUGCUCCGAAAGGGGAAUUACGCGGAGAGGAUCGGAGAAGGCGCGGCUGUGUACCUGGCCGCUGUCCUGGAAUACCUCUGCGCCGAAAUCCUGGAGCUGUCAGGAAAUGCGUGCCGAGACAACAAGAAGCACAGGAUCGCCCCUCGCCACAUCCUCCUGGCCGUAAGAAACGACGAGGAGCUCAACAAACUCCUGUCCGGAGUCACCGUCUCUGAAGGAGGAGUCAUUCCAAAUAUUCAGGCCAUUCUGCUCCCAAAGAAGACUAAAGCAGCGCCCAGCAGAGACGACACCAUGGCCAAAGAUGUACAGUCACAGGAGUUUUAAAGGGCACUUUACUAUGCACUUUUAAUCUUUUGUAAUAAAAUCUUUUUAACUAAA